AUGGUGUUGAAACAAUCCCCUUUUCUCACCACUUCAUUCAAUCCAUCAACCCAUCAAACCUCAAACAAAAACCCUAAUCAAGAUCAACAACAAGAACAGGAAGAGGAAGAAUUGAAUGAAUACGAUGUCGUUUGGUCAUCAUCAUCUUCUUCCUCUCCUGAAAAAACAACCCCUAAAAUCUCCGCUAAUAUCCCUUCCAUUUCGCUUACACCCACACCCGGAUUAUCUGCCGCCUUACUCUCCUCAACCGAACCUCAAAGCCCAACUUCAAUUCAACGCAAAACAACAUCAUCCCCUGUUGCAAUGAUUUCCUCUUCGUUAACGCGUGGUAAUGGAUCUGGGUAUUAUUAUGGGCCAAAAUAUCACCACUCCGCUCCAGUUAAUGUACCCGUUUGGCCCAGUAGGUUUAACGAUGGAAGGAUGAGUAAAAACGGGUUCGGGUUCGGGUCAAUUGAUGAAGACGACGGAGAUGAUUUACUGUAUGAUGGAAAAAUGGUGCCGCCGCAUGAGAUUGUAGCUCAGUCGUAUAAAAAUACGAUGUCGUUUUCGGUAAUGGAAGGUGCUGGAAGAACGUUGAAGGGUCGUGAUUUGACUACCGUCCGGAAUGCUGUUUUUCAAAAGACGGGUUUUCUUGAAUGA